GAUAUACAAGUUUUACAAGAGCAUAAUCUGGCUAGAGAACUUGCUUGACAAGUUCUUACGUGACCGAAUAGGUCAACGGGUCAACGUUGUCCGGGUCGUACACGCGGCCCAUGAGUAGUGACACUUCUUGGUUUCGUCGUUGCUCGUAUCGUACCAUUGAAUUUUAAAUUUCAAACAAAUCCUGAAAUAAUAAAGAAUUAAUAGAAAUUGACCCACUUACUCCUUUUUUUGGUCGUUAGCAAAUCUUUUAUUAUUUAAAAAAAUAGAAAAGCUUUUGUGGGUCAUCAUAUAUUAAAUUCCUCGUAAGUUCCUAUGGAAUUUCUAUAUAAUAGAGAAUCUAAGGACUUGCAAUUGUCAUCAAGAAGCUUCAGCAUCACAAAUCAUAUCUCCUCUCAUUCUCCCUCUUUAAAAUAUAUAUCAGAAAUUUCUCAAGCUUUCUAUAGUUUUCUUCAGCCAUGACUGCACAGAAAUCUGUGUUGCAAUUGAGUGUUCACGAGGAAAGAAUCAGGAGGAAAGCGUGGAAGACCGUUUCUCGGUUUUCAGGGGUUACUUCGAUAGCAAUGGAUGACAAAACCGGGAAAAUGACAGUAGUUGGAGAAGUUGAUGUACCGGUUAUCGUGACGAAGCUAAGGAAGAUAUGUAAUACAGAGAUUGUUUCGGUAGAAGUUGUUAAACCACCUGAGAAGAAGCCAGAACCAGCGAAACCGGCUCCACCUAAACCGGCUGAGAUUGUUGCCUAUCCGGCGGUUCCGAUGAUCAACCCGUACCAACACUAUUAUUCCAACCCAAGUUCUUACUAUCAACCAAACUUUAAUUCUAGAGUUGUGGUGGAGGAGCCAAAUACUUGUGUGAUUAUGUGAUUUUCUUGAUUUAUUUCAGAUAAUAUUUAGUUAUGUAACACUUAAUUUUAAUAGAAGAGUGCAUUUUAUUUUUGGGGUGGUACUGUAAUACAUACAAUUCUCGAAUGAGUUUAUUUGGAAAUAUAUCCAAUUUCUGUAUGAUCU